AUGGAGAGGAUACGCGUGAGCAAGGUAGAAGAUGUCUAUCUCCUACGCAGAGGCGUCCGUUUCGAUGGCACGCUGCACUUGAUGCCACACCACAUCGUCUUCAGCUACUUGCAGCCUCCGCCAGCAGACGCUCCUCCCGAUGCGAAACCACGGCGGCAAAAAGAAGUUUGGAUCACCUAUCCGUUGAUCAACUACUGCUGCCUCAAGCCCUGUCCACCGAUUUUGCACCAGCAUCCCUCGAUCCGCAUCCGCUGUCGCGACUUCACCUUCUUUGCCUUCUUCUUUCCCGACGAGAAGAAGGCACGUGAUGUGUAUGAUAGCAUCCGUGCUUUGUCUUGCAAGAUAGGCCGGCUGGAUAAGCUGUUGGCAUUCAGCUACCAGCCAAAGCCUCCGGAAGACCAGCAGAACGGGUGGGAGCUCUAUGAUGCGCGGCGCGAGUGGAAGCGCCUGGGUAUCAGCCCCAAGGACACCGACAAGGGAUGGCGGAUAUCAGAAAUCAACAUGGAAUACAAGUACUCGAAGACAUAUCCCGCUCUCCUCGUGGUUCCCUCCAACGUCUCAGACAGCGUCCUCCGAUAUGCUGGCGAAUACCGGUCGCGACAACGAAUACCCGCACUGGUCUACCGACACCCUAUCAAUAACUGCUCUAUCACGCGCAGCUCUCAACCAACUCCCGGUUUGCGGGGAAAUCGCAACGCUCAGGAUGAGCGGUUAGUGGCAGCGAUAUGGGCUACCAAUCGUGGCUGGAAACCUGCCUCUUCCUCUGCGUCGAACACUGCAGGCGCAACCCCUGAAUCAAGCAUAGUUAAUGUGAACGAGUCUGCUGCUAACAGCUCAUUUGUGGGCGUUUCAGAAACAGAAGCUCCCAGCUCAGGCAAAACAGUUGUGGAUGACCUCACGGAAGCUCCCGAGUCUGAUGCUGACAUUCCAAAGGUCUAUGGAGCGCAACAGAGAAAUUUAAUCGUUGAUGCUAGACCGACGGUGAAUGCGUAUGCUAUGCAGGCGAUUGGGCUUGGCUCCGAAAAGAUGGAUUAUUAUCCGGGCGCGGAAAAGGCCUACCUUGGAAUCGACAACAUCCAUGUCAUGCGGAAGUCUCUUGAUACCGUCAUUGAGGCCAUUAAAGAAUCGGACUUGACCUCAUUUCCGCCUAAUAGGCACCUAUUGGCAAAGAGCAACUGGAUCAAGCAUAUUGCGAAUAUUCUAGAUGGUACCGCACUGAUUGCCAGAACAGUGGGUAUUAUGCACUCUCACGUACUGAUCCACUGCUCCGACGGAUGGGACCGCACAAGUCAAUUGAGUGCGCUCAGUCAGAUACUAUUAGAUCCCUACUAUCGCACGUUGGAAGGCUUCAUGGUCCUUGUAGAGAAGGACUGGCUCUCUUUUGGCCACAUGUUCCGCCAUCGAUCUGGCUUCCUCAGCCAUGAAAAGUGGUUUACGAUCGAGAACGAGAAGAUUGAACGUAAUAGUGAUGGCUCGACGGGUAGUAAUCCAUUUGAAAAUGCGAUCCGCGGUGCUCGAGGUCUAUUCAAUCGACACAAUGAGUCUAAUGAGUCACUGAAUCAGCUUCCGGAUACGAAUGGUAUUGAGCCUGUACCAGACAUUGCCGAUACUGCUUCACCAAAACCUGCCAGAGCUGGCGCUGCAGAAGAACUUCGAGUGACCAAGCCCGGCGAGCUAUCCCCUGUUUUUCACCAAUUUCUGGACUGCGUAUAUCAGCUCCACUACCAGCAUCCGACUCGAUUCGAGUUCAGUGAGCGUUUCCUACGACGUCUGCUUUACCACCUCUACUCCUGUCAAUACGGCACUUUUUUGUUCGACAAUGAAAAGGAACGUGUCGAUACCAAGGCCAAAGAACGGACUCGGAGUGUAUGGGACUACUUUUUGUGUCGAAAGCAAGAGUUCUUGAACCCAAGGUAUGACCCCGAAGUCAACGACGACAUUCGCGGCAAAGAACGCAUGAUCUUUCCUAGGAAGGGAGAAGCAAGAUGGUGGGCAGAAUGCUUUGGUCGAUCAGAUGAGGAGAUGAAUACGUUUGGUCCUCAGGCACCUGCAAGUCUAACACCGCAGACCAGUCAUGUGAGUAAUGGUCGCAGUGGUACCAGUACGCCUCUGCGGGAAGAGCCCAUUGUCACAGGCACGGAAACAGCAGAGAAUACGACAGGUGUGGGAGCAGAAACCCAGCCCCCACCCACCCAUGCAGUCGGCGAGCAUCCUUCUUCCAGUGCCACAGUAAACAAGUCUGUAGAAGUUGUGGGUGCACUUACUCCAAACGUAGAAGAGCAAGGGCUGGUUGCCAGUAUAGAGACACUGGGGAUUACAGAGACAGUAACAGAGACACACGCUAGCGAUAGAGUAGGCACGCCGGCUACCCAGCAGAGCGACGAGGUUGUGCCUGGAUCGGAACUCGGUGGGGAUUUGCAGAUUGCCGAGGCGACGGAGAGGCCGAGGGAGGAUCGGAGUAGGGGUCGAAAUAAGGAGGUUCGCAAGGAGGUGGAGCUUGCGAUGCAAUGA